AUGGACACCAUGAACCACGUUAAGAUCAUUCUUGCUCUGAAAAUCAACCUCAUUUUAUCUAAUAUUGGUUCGACAAAAGCCUGUCAAGUUACUGUUAGACAGCCCUCCCUCGUAGAAGUGGAUUACACAUGUCAGGAAGUAACCAUACAGUGCCAUUUCUCUGCUUCUGGAUGCCCCAAUUCCCCACCCGAGGUUCUGUGGUUUCGCCAACACACUCACCAACCUGACAAUUUGUGCCCAAAUAAAUGUCCAAGAGACAUGGGAAAAUUUACAUUGACUGGUUUAACAACCUCAAAUGACGCUUCCCUCACUGUUAAAGCAGUGAGUUUAAAUGACAGUGCAAUUUAUUUCUGUGGAAUAGCAUUUCUAGCAUCAGACAAACCAGGAUCUAAGCAAACUGGAGGAGGAACAAUGCUGGUGGUAAGAGGGACUAAGCUUCUCGACGAUAAAGAACAUAAGCUCCUAAUAGCCCUAUCAUCACUGCUGUCUUUAUAUAUCAUUGCCCUAUUUGCAACCUUCAUAAUCCUCUACAGAUCAAAAUUCAAAAUAUUGAGAAAAACAGGAAUGAAUGAAGAGCCACAACAGAUGAACAAAAAGAGUGGUCGCCGUAUUUUUCAGGAAAUUGCACGUGAAUUACACCUUAAGAGAUAUGUGGAAACAAAUCCUGAGUCUGUGAGGGAAGACAUCAUCUAUGAAAACAGAAGAGUGCAUUCCAACCUAAAAUAUUAAUAUGUAACUAAGCCAUUAAAAUCUAGGACCUAGAAGUAAUGCUACUGGUCAAAAUAUAUUUAAUAUGACCACAAUAGUUAGGGCAUCUGGGAAUACAGCAACUGACCACACCAAAAUACAAAAUGUCAAUUUGCUAAUUAAAACAGAGGGCGUGAAGGUUGGGAAAGAAUACAAAAUGCAGCAAGUAGCAAUUAUUGAAAAAUGCCUUAGACCAACCCAAAGCAAUUGGAAAAACACUUACUUUCUUCCCUUAAAAUCUGCUACCGCUUCAUGGAAAAUUCCAGGUUUUCUAUUUGCAGAAAAUUCCACUUAAAAUUACAUUUCCUGAGUUCCUCUUCUGCAAAAUACUGCAUUCAUGAGAACUGCUAGACUGGGCGCAAAGUGAGGCCAUCUUUCCCUCUCCCUGGACCAAAACCCUGGACCAAAUAGCAAGAUUUUCCAUCUGUGAGCCUCAACGCUGCACUACAACUAGCUACCUUCCUGGGUGGUGAAGGUGAAGAGGAGAGGGGGCUUGGUACCCACUGCCUACGUAAAUCCUUGGUCUCUCCGGAGGAUGAGACAGACACAAGGUUUGAGCAUGACUU